AUGUUCAUCCAUAUUCAUUCGUCGGCAGCGCUUAUCAAUAACUCGAAAAAAAUUAACCGGGGCGAACACGACCUUCAACUAAUAGACGCCCAAAUCAUAAACCUCGAUGAUCAAUACAUUCACUUAUCAAUAACCUCAUGGCUACCGAAAAACAUUGAAACAAACGCUCAUAUAAACACAGUAACAAAAAACGAUGUCAUCGAUCUCGACGGAACCAUAACCGAAAUAAAAAAUAACAAACUCUCCAUAACCGCAUACCGACUUGAAAUAAAUAAUUACGAUCAUCUAAACCUCCCUCCAAACAAGUCAUGUAUCCUCGCCGCCGGAAUCGUUGAAACAACACCACAACAACAAGAAGAUCAAAUAGUCUUCAGAAUAUCUGCGGCACAACAUAAAGGCGACAGGACCGCCACCAACCCAUUUAACGAAUGCAGUAUUUUCUGCACGCACGACGCCUCCCAGGCGCAUCUACGAGCACGUACAACAAAACUACAACCACGCAGUAAAGUGUGGAUUACGGGAGAUUUUGGUGUAGACGAAGAUCAACUAUAUGUCCAAUUGGACAAUAUGGAGUAUAUGUACGGACAGCCAACAAAUCAAACAAAAACGUCAUCCACCCCACCCACCACAAGAUCUGAAAAACUUAAACACCUCAUCUCACUCUCCGCCCUCUCCUCAUCAUCC